AUCCAAAAGGGUGGGUAAUCUACAGUGUUCGUUUCCCCUUAAUAUCACUGUAUUGAAGCAGACGCUACAAAUAUUUUUCGAUUUAGACAGAAAAGGCUUACGAAACGCUUCCAAAUUUUGGUUAGCUUUGGAGGAUGUUGUCAUGGCGUUGACGCUAUUGUGACGUCAUAGACAAUUGUCAUUCAGCACCCUAGUCGAUCUACUGCCACGCUCUACCAAAUCACCACUUCCACUGCGUUAUUGGUUGUUUGAAACGAUAUUAACCUACUUUAUUGUUUUGGUUGACUGACUGAUCAACUUUCGGAUGGAUUCUAAAAGAAAAAAAGGCGUCAACUGUUUCCCGUACCCAGACACAGCCUGGCCCCGAGUAUACAACAUGGCCGGCACAGACAUGCUCCUGUUUGCUGGAAGGAUGGUUUUCCAUUCCGACCUCCACCUCGCGUCCAUUCAUUCCGAUCUCAGCGUUCCCGAAACAUGCACUAGUCCCGUGGAUGCCGCCAUUAUCUGGAUGGAAAGACAACUUGACUAUGUCCGAAACGACCUUGAAAUCAUAAAGAAGACCAGUAUGAGGUCAUCCACCGGUCCGGUAGCGCCCACCCUGCCUACCCACAUGAGGGGGCGUGUCGGGGUCAUUGAGUACGAAGUGCAGGAAGCAGAGAGACUGAGACUGGUCCGAGAAAGUAAACAACGUCGUGAGAGAGAAGCUUUGACCCAGGAGAGAGUAGUGACCAGGGAGGAGAGAGACACGAGAGACACUAUGUCGGCUGCGGGAUGCAGAAAGAGGAAACUGGAGGAGACAAUCAACAUGGCGGAAACCAGACCGAAGCGAUCUCGGAAACCAAACUCCAAAUAUGACAGUGGCACCUUCCUCGUCCACAACGGAUCGGGCGGCUCCCACCCAUCCUCCAACAUCGCCAACAGACUGAGGAGCAGGAGGACGGUGAAACGUGGUCCCUAGAAGGUGGCUGCAGCCUAAAGUUACAGCCUGGCUAUUAUUACAUGGAGAUUCACGAUAUAGUGUUUAAUACGUCAGAGUACUUACAUUGAUCUGUGAUUGCUUGGGAAGUCUUGUACAACUUUCUGACUUUUUACUUAAAUUGGUUAUAUUUUAUUUUAUUUUUACAUUGCAGUUUUGUUAUUUUUACAAUAAAUUGUUAUGACGUUUA